CCACUAUGCCACCAGGAUUUCCUCCAUGAAGAUUAUAGCCAAGAAAAACUCGGUGAAGCGGUUCUACUCUGAAAUACGUGGGGUUGCUAUGAAUUGGAAUCGACUUGACAGCAAUGGUUUUUUUUUUUUAUUUUUGGUGCACAGCAUAGUGGUGUCUCUUUGGAGCAAUUUGAAUAUCAUUUGAAAUCCUUAUCUUAAUCUAGGACUGACUGCGUUGCACAGACAAUGGACAUUUACUUCUGUUUGAGACAGCCGUUGGAGAUGGUGGACAGUAAAAGGAUGAAGACCAGUUCAAAUUUCCAGUGGCUCUUAUCGUCGUUUAUUCUGCUGUGUCUAAUGAACCAAGUAAAUAGCCAGAAGAAGGGGGCUCCUCAUGACUUGAAGUGUAUAACUAACAAUUUAAAAGUAUGGGACUGUUCUUGGAAAGCACCCUCUGGUCGUGACACUCUUUAUGAAGUUUGCAUUGAGAACAGGUUUAAUUCUUGUUAUCGAUCAGAGAAAACAAAUACUAAAAUCCCAGCUCUAUUACCUGGUGAUCAUGAAAUAUCAAUAAAUCCUAUACAUAAUCAUAGUUCUAUAAGUAAAUUUAUAUUAAAUGAAGAAAAUAUUUCCUUAAUCCCAGAUACUCCAGAGAUCUUGAACUUGACUGCUGAUUUUUCAACUUCUGCAUUACACAUAAAGUGGAAUGAUAAGGGCUCUGCUUUUCCACACCACUCAAAUGUCACCUGGCAAAUUGAAAUUCUACGUAAAAAGAAGAUGGAAAUUGUAACAUUAAUGACCCACAAUACAACUCUGAAUGGUAAAGAUACACUUCACCACUGGAGUUGGACCUCAGACAUGCCCUUGGAGUGUGUCACUCAUUAUGUGAGAAUGAGGUGCUACAUUGAUGAUCUUCAUUUCUCCGGUCACAAAGAGUGGAGUGACUGGAGCCCAGUGAAGAACAUUUCUUGGUCACCUGAUUAUCAGCCUAAGGUUUUUCCUGAAGACAAAGUGGUACUCGUAGGCUCAGAUGUAACAGUUUGUUGUGUAAUUCAAGAAAAAGUCAUAUUAGCACAGUUUGGCAAAGAAAAGUGCUCCCUUAUCCAUCUCGAUGGAGAAAAUGUUGCAAUCAAGAUCUAUAAUAUUUCUGUUUCUCCAACUAGUGGAACAAAUGUGGUUUUCACAACAGACACCAACCUGGUUGGAACAGUUAUUUUUGCAGGAUAUCCACCUGAUAUUCCUCAGAAACUAAAUUGUGAGACACGUGAUUUAAAGGAGAUCAUAUGCACUUGGAACCCAGGAAGACCUACAGGAUUGUUGGGCCCGCACAACACAAGUUACACUUUAUUUGAAAGUUUUUCAGGAAAAAAUGUUACAUUUAAAAGAGCUGAAGAUCCCGCAGAUAUAAGCUAUCAGUUGUUCUUUCAAAUGAUUCCAAAUUGGGAAAUAUAUAAUUUUACUUUGAAUGCUCGCAAUCCUUUGGGUCAAUCAGAAUCAACAAUUUUAGUCAACAUAACUAAAAGAGUUUAUCCCCAUACUCCUACUUCAUUUAAAGUGAAGGAUACUAAUUCAACAGCUGUUAGCCUUUCUUGGUACUUACAAGGCAACUUUGCAAAGAUGCAUCUUUUAUGUCAAGUUGAAAUUACUAAAAGCAAUUCAGUACAAGAACUGCGGAAUGUCACGGUCAAAGGAGUAGAAGAUUCAAGCUAUUUCGUUGUCGUAGGCAAGUUAAGUCCAUAUACUAAUUAUACUUUUCGGAUUCGUUGUUCUACUGAAACAUUCUGGAAAUGGAGCAGCUGGACCAUUGAAAAACAGCACCUAACCACAGAAGCCAUUCCUUCAAAGGGACCAGAUACUUGGAGAGAGUGGAGUUCUGAUGGGAAGAAUUUAAUAAUCUAUUGGAAGCCUCUACCCAUCAAUGAAGCUAAUGGAAGAAUACUUUCCUAUAAUGUAUCCUGUUCAUCGGAUGAGGAGACACAGUCCCUUUCUGAAAUUCCUGAUCGUCAACACAAAGCAGAAAUACAACUUGAUAAAAAUGAUUACAUCAUCAGUGUGGUGGCCAAAAAUUCUGUCGGCUCAUCCCCACCUUCAAAGAUAGCUAGUAUGGAAAUUCCAAAUGAUGACCUCAAAAUAGAGCAGGCUGUUGGAAUGGGAAAUGGGAUUUUUCUCAGUUGGAAUUACGAUCCCAACAUGACUUGUGACUAUGUUAUUAAAUGGUGUAAUUCAUCUCGCCCUGGACCCUGCCUGAUGGACUGGAAAAAAGUUCCGUCAAACAGCACAGAAGCUGUAAUAGAAUCUGAUCAGUUUCGACCAGGAGUAAGAUACAAUUUUUUCCUGUAUGGGUGCAGAAAUCAAGGAUAUCAGUUAUUACGUUCCAUAAUGGGGUAUAUAGAAGAAUUGGCUCCAAUCGUUGCACCAAAUUUUACUGUUGAAGACACUUCUGCAGAUUCUAUAUUAGUAAAAUGGGAAGAUAUUCCUGUGGAAGAGCUUAGAGGCUUCUUGAGAGGAUAUUUAUUUUAUUUUGGAAAAGGAGAGAGAGGCACAUCUAAGAUGAGGGGCUUGGGGCCAGGCCAUUCUGACAUAAAGGUUAAGAAUAUUACUGACAUAUCUCAGAAGACUUUGAAGAUUGCCGAUCUCCAAGGUAAAACGAGUUAUCGUCUGGUGCUGCGCGCCUACACUGAUGGUGGGAUAGGCCCUGAGAAGAGCAUGUAUGUGGUGACAAAGGAAAAUUCUGUGGGAUUAAUUAUUGCCAUUCUCAUCCCAGUGGCAGUGGCUGUCAUUGUUGGCGUGGUAACUAGCAUCCUGUGCUAUCGGAAGCGAGAAUGGAUUAAAGAAACCUUCUACCCUGAUAUUCCAAAUCCAGAAAAUUGUAAAGCACUACAGUUUCAAAAGAGUGUCUGUGAGGGAAACAGUGCUCUUAAAACAUUGGAAAUGAAUCCCUGUACCCCAAAUAACGUCGAGGUUCUAGAAACCCGAACUGUAGUUCCUAAAAUAGAAGAUACAGAAAUAGUUUCCCCAGUAGCUGAGCACCCUGAAGAUAGCUCUGAGGCAGAACCUGAAAACCACGUGGUUGUGUCCUAUUGUCCACCAAUCAUUGAGGAAGAAAUACCUAAUCCAGUGGCGGACGAAGCCGGGGGGACUUCCCAAGUCAUCUAUAUUGAUGUCCAGUCAAUGUAUCAGCCUCAGGCAAAACCAGAAGAACAAGAAAAUGACCCUGUAGGGGGGUCCGGCUAUAAGCCGCAAAUGCACCUCCCUGUUUCUUCUCCUGUAGAAGAUGGAACUGCAGAAGAUGACUUAGAUGACACUGCAGGCUACAGACCUCAGGCAAAUGUCAGUACUUGGCAUUUGGUAUCUCCAGACUCACCUAGAUCCACAGACAGCAACAGCGAAGUUGUCUCUUUUGGAAGUCCGUGCUCCAUCAAUUCCCGACAGUUUUUACUUCCUCCUAAAGAUGAAGACUCUCCCAAAUCUACUGGAGGAGGCUGGUCCUUUACAAACUUUUUUCAGAACAAGCCAAACGAUUAACAGUGUGACUCCGUCCCUUCAGUCUGCCAUCUCAAUAAGCUCUUAGCGCUGGUGCUGCUGUGUCAGCGCUGGUGUUCUUGGAGGGACCCUGUGAAGUGCUGUCAGUCAGGUGACCUGCACCACAAGUGCCACUGAGAGUGUUAACGUGCUUUUGAUGUAUUCUAAAAGCCAAAGUACAGUGACUCAGAUUUCAGCCCCCAAAACGCAAGAUUUGGAGCUACUUGUGAUGCGAGCCAAAGAGUCCUCACGUACUCUGCCUUCUAGAAGCAUUUCAAGACGAAUGCUGUCUAGUCCGUGCAAAACAAAUCCCCCAGCAACUGGUUUCUAUUCUGUUAAUGGUUUUCUCACAUGUGUAGGUUUUUGGAAUUCCAAGCUGAUUGGCAGACAAAGGAGAAACAUGUCACAUUAGUAGAUGAUGUUUAUUCGCCUGACAUUUCCUCCAUGCUGGAUGAAAACCAAGCACAGAUUUUAAAAUUUCAGGUUAUCCUCCUCUCUCUACAUUUACAAAUAUUAAUAUAAUUUUUUAAUGUAGCAACAGCUAUUUCGUGUUUUGUUCGAUAAAGUGUGCUGAUUUCUGUGCCUACUGUAUGAUGGUUAUCAAAUAGUCGACUCAGGGGUACAAACUUGGAAAACGAGUAAGACACUGACCAGCCUAAAUCAGAAUCUCAUUAUCUCGCUUUGGUAGGUUUCCAGACCUUUCCAUUAUUUUUUAGCUUUUGUACUGGCUUCCUUUCUUUCAGUUGGUUUCCCUAGUAUUUAAAGUUUAAAAUUCUAAAACUAUAGAUCUAAGUUUAAAAAAAAAAAAAGUCAGCUUUAUCUGGUGACACAAUGUCAGUUUUGU